AUGGCCACAUAUGAAGAACAAUUCUUGCCAAAUAAUGAUGAUUUGGUUUUAAAGAAACUAGCUUCCGACUUGUUCAUCUACAUUUCUGAAGAUGUUUUAGAAUUACGAAAGAUUAAUCCAAAUAUUGUAUUUCUUAUUGAUUGGAACUCAAUAAUGUCUCUUCCCAAAAAUUUAAAGUGGAUAGCUAGAGGACAAGAAUUAGGAGCCCAAGAAAAUGUUAUUCUUUACAUGAAAUUCUCUAAUAGAAUUAAAUAUUUAUGUAGAGAUUUACCUGCUUGCCUAUGCAAAGAACCAUAUAGCAAAAAAGUAUUUAAUGAAUUUAAAAGGAUGAUUCUUCAUAUCAAACAUAAUUCAUCAUCAAUACAAGCUAAUGGACGUAAUUUGAAUGAAUAUUUUGUUCAUGGUACUGAUUUACAUAUUACAAUUAAUGCUAAUCUACCGUUAUUAAUGAUAGAAAAACAUGAUUUUUGUUAUUUGGAUGUGGAUGAUGAUUUAAAAGUAUUAAAAGAUCCUCUUUUUUUAUAUGAAAUUGAUUUAGAUAGGAGUAUAUUUGAUAAAGAAUUAAUUUGUAGAAUUGAAAAAAUAAUUAAAUUAGAUAUUGGUAUUAAUUGGAGAGGUACUCGGUUUAUUCACCGAGACCAUGUGGAAGAACAUGAGGAAUGUAAUCGAAAAACAAAUAUGAUAAUGUUACGUCCUGAUGGAUCAAUGGACGCUGCAUAUUUUCCAAAUAGUAUUCCUAAUAAUAUUUGUGAUGAAAUGACUGAAAUAGUAGAAUUAAGUAAUAUUGAACCUAAAGAUCAAAAACAAGCAAUUAUUGGAGGAACAUGGAAUAGAUAUGGAAAUUCAAUUGAAAUAGUUGCUGGUAUUUCUGAUGAAAAUAAUACUCUAUUAGAUAAUUUAACUAAUUGUUGUGAAUCAUUUGUUUUAGAUAAAUUAUGGCAUUUAAAUCGUA